GACGCCCCGCUGGCCCGCUGCUCCGCGGCUCUGCGGCUCAUCGACAUGCGCGCCUCGCGCCAUGCAACUCGAGCAUCACCAUUGCCGAUCUCUACGGACCAGUUGGGUUGGGGAGGUAGUGCCACAUUGGCACACAUUUUGGGCUUUGGUUGCAGGGUCCCCUUGGUCCGGUUUUGGCCCGUUGAGUUGGUCUGCAGCGAAGCUCCAAGUUUCGGAAAUGGACGGCACAGAUUCCGCGGAGUUUCGGAAAUGGACGGCACAGAAUCCGCGGAGUUUCGGAAAUGGACGGCACAGAAUCCGCGGAGUGCUUGGGUUCGUUUCAUCAAUAGCAGAUCAAUGACAGGAGGAUACAACUUUACGUGAAGAUUUGGAUUUGAUCAGCGAGCGGAAAUGUGGUGGGAAUGAUUGUGUGGGGGGGGAUAUAACGAAGUCGCUGUUCUUUCCAGGCAUCCUACAUGGCCCCGUCUGCUUCAGUGUGUGGUCAAUGGAGUUCAUAAGGGUGGUGCUUGGUGUCUUCAGGUCUUGUUUCUCACAUAAAUUAUGAUAAAUAUGUAUUUGCUGA